AAGAAAAAGACCUCAUCACACGACCGGGGCCACACACGCCGCGCUCAACGCCACUCGAAUCUCCUCACCGCCGCCGCCGCCGCCGCCCCGCCGUCGCGGCGCCAUGCUCCACCUCCGGCAGCGCGCCCUCUCCCAUCUCCUCUCCGCCGCACCAGCUCCUUCCACACCCCCUCUCCUCUCUCUCCACCGCCUCCUCUCCGCGGCCGCGGCCGCCAUCUCCCCGAACCCUAGAUUCGCCGUCGAGGACUACCUCGUCGGCACCUGCGGCCUCACCCGUGCCCAGGCACUCAAGGCCUCCGCCAAGCUCUCCCACCUCAAGUCCCCAUCCAAGCCCGACGCCGUCCUCGCAUUCCUCGCCGGCCUCGGCCUCUCCGGCGCUGAUGUCGCCGCCCUCGUCGCCAAGGACCCGCAGUUCCUCUGCGCCGGCGUGGAGACAACCCUGUCCCCCGUCGUCGUCGGUCUCACGGGGCUCGGUCUAUCCCCUUCUGAUAUCGCGCGCAUCGUCUCGCUCGCCCCGGGACAAUUCCGCCAUAGAUCUGUCGUCUCCAAGCUGGAGUACUACCUGCCGCUCUUGGGCUCCAUCGACAACUUGCUCCGGCCGCUCAAACACGGCUCCGGCUUCCUCGGCUCCCACCUCGAGAGGGUGGUCAAGCCCAAUGUGAAGCUCCUGGCAGAGUGCGGGCUAGGUGCUUGUGAUAUUGCCAAGCUGUUCAUUCAAAUACCGAUGAUCUUCACCGCCAGCCCAGAGCGUGCCCUGGAGAUGGUCGCGACCGCCGAACGUAUAGGUGUGCCCCGUGGCUCUGGGAUGUUUAGGCAGGCACUGCAUGCUGUCGCAUUUCUCAGCGAGGAGAAGAUUACUGCCAAAGUGGAACAGUUGAAGAAGACAUUGAGGUGGUCGGAUGCCGAUGUUGGCAUUGCUGUGUCCAAGUUGCCGACUCUUCUGAGACGGUCAAAGGAAGUGCUGCAGCUCAAGUCCGAGUUCCUCCGCUCUAAGGUGGGCUUGGAACCGGCGUACAUUGCUCAUCGACCCGCUAUGCUCACUUACAACCUGGAGGGCCGGCUCAGGCCCCGGUACUAUGUUAUGAGGUUUCUUAAGGAAAAUGGAUUGUUAAGUCACGGCAGAGACUACUAUGCUAUGGUCUCGAUCAGCGAGAAGGUAUUUGUGGAGAAGUUCAUAUGCCCUCACAAGCAAGCUGCACCACACCUUGCUGAAGACUAUGCAGCUGCUUGCACAGGACAGGUGCCUGCUACAUUCAGAUUUACAUGAACCAGGAAGCAGGAAAAUGGAUUGCCAGAGCGCGAGUGGAACUACUAUUCAGCAGCCUUGGUGACAGAAAAUUUUCAUGGAAAAGUUCGUAUGUCCUCACAAGGAAGCUGCCCCCACCUUGCCGAAGACUGUGCUGCCACUUGUAGGGAAGUGCCUUCUAAUUUCAGAAUUACAUGACCAAGAAUGGGCCAUGAGAACUGCGCAUGGCGCAAAAAUGUUUACACUAUGUGUAGUGAGCUGGUAAUCUCUGUCUGUUCAUUGCCUGAGUGGAUGUUGGUUGUCUGCUAUAGUAUGUCAGGUACAUGCUAAUUUGGCAUCGCUAGUCCUGAAUGAAACUGAUAAUUUUAUUGUUAGUCCUUGUAUGUCAAUCAACCAAUCUUGGUGGCUGGGGCCUUGCUAUACCACACGUGAUUCUCAACGCUCUGUUAGUUGAUGACACUCUGAAGCUUCCUUCAGUAACAAGUACUCCUACUUUUAUGACCUGACGUGUGGGGGGUUUUACUCAGAGAAGCUCCUACUUUUCUCUAUCUGAAUUUUGCUAGUUUGGUAAUCCUUCUCGUAUUGUAUGUCCAUUGCAUCAUUCAGUAGAGAAGAAAGAUACACUGCAAUUAACCUGUCCAUCCUGAUAUCAUAUUGUCAUGCAUACUGAGAACUAAGAGUGUGACAUCAGGGCAUUCUGCAAAUGCUUUCAAAUAUAUUAAUGAAGAGUAUAUCUGCAGGACCUAUAUGUUUAUGUUCUCAAUUGCCAUUGCAGCUUUCAAUGCAAUCCUGAGUCAAACUAUCUUUCAAUGAAAAAAGGUUAUCAUUUUUUGCCAUGAAAGAUGAUAUGAAGUCCCAAAAUUGGUUGAACAUCUUUUUUCGUGGGAACAAAUCUGGAAUUGACGUGUUAGUCACUGCUGAGGUUGCAGUUUUGAACUAGUCUGUUGGUUGCUUCCUCUAGUUCUUCUAAGCUGAAACUCUUCAUUCUUCCUGCAGUAGCUUUGUUUAUAAGACAUUAACUGUUGUGAAAGCAGGUCAUUGUUUACUAGUAGUUUAUAUCAUGUUUUUGUUUAUUUUUCUCUUAUAUUCUUGGAUGGUCUACUGGCUGAUACUUUUUCUAGGAGCAUCUGACGUCAAAACUGAAUACUUCAGUAGUUGGCCAGUAGCAUUUUGUUGACAGCCUACCCAUGUAGCACUACGUAACAGAUAUUUCAAAGGCCCUUGUAUUUGUACCGGAGACACAAAUUGAUGCUUGUAUGGUAUGGUGCCGAAAGCAAAGGGCAUUUCAUACAAUAUGAAGGAACUUAUGUUAAGGUAAUCUUAAAAAGGGUCAUGUUAUUACCUGAGCCAAGAGAUGGUCCCAGAGAUGCUAUCUUAACCAAGCUUGGUCUUAACAUUUAAGGUAAUGCAGUAUUUUUUCUCAGUUAUACCCAAUGUCAUCUCUUCGUACACUCUUUUCAGUUAAAUCUCAGUCUAGGCAUGCAAGUACUAUCUGUCAGAUAUAGCGUAGUUAUAGAAUCUUGCAGAAUUUCAAACACAGAAAUUGUAGACUUACUGGUGGUCCUCAAAUUAAGAAUGAAGUCAUGUGAAGAAAGGAUGGUGCACAUAUGUUUAUUCCUGAUAUUAGGCUGUAGAAAUUGGAAGAAAUGAGAUCUCAGCUGUGUGCUUGCAGUAACACAAAGGAGAUGGGCACAUGCUAUUCUUGGCGAAGAGCUCUUAUUUGAAAUGAAGAUCAGUUGUGUGUCUCUUCUCUAGUGCCUAGUUUAGCCUGCGGGAAUUAUAGAAAUGAGAUUAAUGCAAUGAAGGUGAGGGGAAGGGGUCUAUUAAGGAACGAGGUGACUUGCUAGGUGAACUUGAAUUUGAAAAAAAAGUACUUUCAGCAAGUAAGAAUUAGCUGGGCAAUAAAGAGGAGCAUACUGACUGAAUUACUGAAUGUUCUAGAUGAUGGUGCUUUCUUUCUUCCUGGAGAAGAUGCGAUGAAAGUGGAUAUAGACUCACUUCUUUCUUGUUUCCAGGAGAUCAACCAAGCAUGUUGGCUGGGGCUUUGCUAUACCACACGUGAUUCUGAAGGCUCUGUUAGUUGAUGAUGCCCUGCUGCUUCCUUCAGUAACAAGUACUCCCUCCGUCCGGAAAUACUUGUCAUCAAAAUGGAUAAAAGGAGAUGUAUCUAGACGUAUUUUAGUUUUAGAUACGUUCCUUUUUAUCCAUUUUGAUGACAAGUAUUUUCGGACGGAGGGAGUAUUUAUAACCUGACGCAUGCGGGAGUUUUAUUUAGAUAAGCUCCUAAUUUUCUCCUUCUGAAUUUUGCAAGUUAUGCAAUCCUUCUCGUAUGGUCCUAGACUCUUUGUAACCUAUAGGCUAUAUGUAGGUUACCCUAGGUGCAUGCACUGUUCCACUGUCAAAGGCAAUUAAACAACCCAAUGUGCUCAUGCUAUUGUUGUCCUUUGGAGUCAUCAGCAAAUGUUCAGACUUCAGACUAAACUUGAUACAUCUAUAAUUCUACUCGAAAAGAUGAAUAAUUUACUCAUUCCAUUCAAGGAAUUGCAAAUCCAAAAAAUGCAGUGAGUUUUUGUUUGGUGAACCAUGCAGUGAGUUGACACACUAUUAUGUUAGUUAUGGCCAAAAUCAGGGGCGUGCCCAGCAAAUGGAGUUUAAUAUGCCCACCAUAUUAAGUCAAAUACAGAACAGUGAACAUUUGGGGAUUUUUUCAGAGGCUAAAUGGUAUUAGUUAUAUUACAAGUAUCAAUACUGAACCUGAUACUUGCAUGGUAAAUUACUUCCAGUCUUGUUUUAAGCAUCCUCUGGAAUGGAGACUCGUGCUCUGAACUUUUGUUUUGUACGCUGGGAAAUUUCUGGUGUUAAGGGUCUUCAUUCUUACUUUACCUCUAGGAGCAGUGUUGCGGAAUCGGGUACCGAAAUCUGUGUGCAGAAAAGCUGCUGUUCGAUGCCGGUGGGAGCUAUGCAACCUGUGAAUUAUGUCUUGCCAUCUUCAUUCGUACAAUUAUGCGAUGAACCAGAAUUGGAGGACAGGAUUGCACUCACGAGCAGGGUGGUUAUGGAAUGAAUCUAGCCCCCUUUUUUCGCAAGUAGAAUGAAUCUACCCCCUGUGAAACUGGUUGGAAAGAUAUUUAUUGUGCUUGAUAGAUCUAUAUGUCCUGCCAUGGGUACACCGCCUGUGCCACUUCCACGGGUCUCACUGUCUCAGUUAGUGUCAGGGAGAUGAUCGGGGGUCUAUUCAGCACCUGGAGGCUGCAAAAUUUGCAAAUAGCCAAUUGCUAAUGAAAUGGCAGAGAAACAUCAUCACUAAUUCCAUCCUUCAGUGCAUUUUACAAGUGAAAUGGCAGAAAUAUAUAGUGGUGUCACUUCGAUUGCACGCAACCGAAAGUGUUUCUGAACCAGAAUUUGGGAAGAACCCCGAAACAUGUUCAUGUCUUUUGUAGACGAGAUGUAGCAGUUUCUUAUUAGAUGAUGUUUUCCGUGGAGUAUAUUGAUAAUUCCA